GUUACCUGAAGCUAAAGUACUCCGUUUCAGUAGUUACCGGUGUAUAUGUACUCCGUUACCGUAGUUACCUGAGUUAAAGCACUCCGUUACCGUAUUUCCCUGAGUUAAAGUAUUCCGUUACCGUAGUUACCAGAGUUAAAGUACUCUGUUACCAUAUUUCCCUGAGUUAAAGUACUCCGUUACCGUAGUUACCUGAGUUAAAGCACUCCGUUACUGUAGUUACCUUUAGUCAAAGUACUUCGUUACAGUAGUUACAUAAAGUUAAAGUACUCCGUUACAGUAUUUCCCUGAGUUAAUGUACUCCGUUACCGUAGUUACCUGAGUUAAAGUACUCCGUUACCGUAGUUACCUGUGUUACCUGUUAAACGGAAAGUUUGGAAAACCAGCGGAGAGCGGAGCUGCCGGAGCGGUGCAUGCUGGGUGAUCUUGAGGCAGCAGCCGGCUGACUCAACCUUCAGUUUGAGCCGUCCUGCUCUCCCCAGCUGCCCCGACCUGACGCCCUGUGGAAGGCAGCGCCUUCACCUGAGUCAUGGACAUCAGCGGAAGACGUCUCACGGUGUAGCCAGGAGGAUUCGUUGACCGCCAGAGAAUCAUGGAGCCUGAGGUGAUCCGCAUGUACUCCUCGUCUCCGCCCCCGAUGGAGGACGGAGCGGAGGAAGAGGACAACGAGUUUGGAGACUUCGGCACCUUCUCUGCCGUCCCCAACAGCAUCAGCUUCUCAGAGUUCGACACCCCCACCACUUUCAACCAGACGCAAGCUCUGAACGCCACCUCCCCGCCGGAGCUGCUCAACAGCAGAGGGGUGAUGGGCUUCAACCACAGCUCCUCUAACGGCACCCACGCCCCCAACAACGACCUGUCCAAGGCAAACGGUGUCCUGCCAGCGAGCCACCUGGGCAGCAGUCCCUCAGAAAGAACUGAGAUGAAAAAGGUCCUCUCCGGCGCUCUGGAUAUCUCCGAGAGCGACCCGGCUGGCAGCGAGCCCGCAGACUGUAAUGGUGGAGGCACAGAGGUGCUAACGAACGGGUUCGCCACCUUCGACGUUCAGGGAAGCCCUUCCUCACAGAAUUCUGUCCACUCUCACAUAAAAGGAACGUCCACCGAGGACACAGGCAGCGUCCCCGCCGGCAGCCCUGAGGACGAUUUUGCAGACUUUGCAGCUUUUUCCAAUGCUGAAGGACACCUCAGCCAGACGGCAAACGAGGACUUGGACAAUCCCGCAGGGGGCAGCUGGCCGGCAGGGGCCGCCUGCCACGACGAGCACUGUAAUCUAGAGCAGGGAACAACUUCAGAGGACAAUGUCAGGGAUACAAACAGAACUGGACCCGGCUCUGAUUCCAUAUCUGUCCCUGCUGAGGCCCCGGACGGCUCGUGCAACACGGACCGGGGCUCUCAGGCGGACGCUGACUCUGGACAAAGGGACGUAGCCUUUGCACAAGAGCACUUAGACUCAGAGGCCGUUUGCACUAACAGACCCUGCUCUCUGAACGGGGUGGACGUAGCCCACAGGGACGAUUCCAAAGACGCCGCGGGCUGCAGUGAAAACGACCUUUCACCCGACGCAGCUGAGGCAGGACAGUCGGACGGGAAGGGCUCCGGUAACGAGACGGAGACAGAAACGGAGACUGAGACGUCUCUGGGCCGGCCGCUGUCCACAGAUGCUCUGGAGGAGUUUGGCGACAUGAGCACCACGGGCUCCGUCCCCUCCCCACCCCUCCAAGGUGAGCCCGCCACGCCCGCCGACCACAGCCAGCUGGCAGAGGACGACGAGGAUGAGGACUUUGGGGACUUUGGAGACGCCGGCUCGUUCGGUGGUCAGGGCUUUGCUGACUUCGACCAGCUGGACGUCCAGCCGGAGCAGAGCGGGUCAGACAGUCCUGCCCCCGCACCGGACGCCAAGGAAGACGACGACUUUGGCGACUUCAACUCCCCCAAAUUUCACACGAGUGUGAAUGAGGGAGAGGAUGGAGGAAAAUUUGCGGACUUCCCCGUCAGCGACAGCUUUGGGAACUUCAGCUCGGCGGCUGAAGGCGCAGACAGCGAGGCAGACGCAGGCUGGAGCGCCUUCGGGGAGCCGGAGCAGCAGCAGCAGCAGGUGGAGGAGGACGAGGGGGAGUCCUGGGCGGCGUUUAGCACCGAGCAGAGCGUCGCUGCUCCUGCAGAGAGCAGAGAGGAGGAGGAGGAGGAGGAGCAUGAGGAGAAGCUGCAGGUGGAGGAAGUGGAGGAGUGGCAUGAAAGUGAACCUGCAGUCAGCGAGGAAACCAGCAGGACAGACAGACAGUCGCAGGCGUCGCUGUCGAGCCGGCUCGAGAAGCUGUUUCAGGGCAGCUUCCCUCAGACCGCAUCGCUCUCCGUGGAGGAAGAGGUGGCGUCCCUGAGGAUCCUGUUGGGACCUCCAGGGGAAAAACCACAUCCAGGAGUCCAGGAUGAGGAGACGAGGUUGCCAUGCAACAGUUCUGUGUGUGGCGGCGUGUGGACGCAGCUUCAGGACAUCCACGAGUCGUUCGGCCUCAGAUACCAAUGGGGAGGCUCCUACUGCAACAAAGCGCUCCUCUGCUGCCUCGGCAUCGACACCCGCAACAUUCUGUUCACAGGACAGAAGAAGCAGCCGGUCAUCGUGCCCAUGUACGCCGCCGGCCUGGGGAUGCUGGAACCAACCAAAGAGCCUGUGAAGCCCGUCUCUGCAGCAGAGAUGAUCGCUUCGAUAGCCCAGGCGCCUCCAGCGGCUCCAGAGAGCAGCUCCUGUCCCGCAGACACAGUCCAGCAGGAGGCGCUCCCACCCGUCCAGUUCGACUGGAGCAGCAGUGGCCUUACCAACCCUCUGGACGCGAGCGGAGGCUCGUCUCUGUUAAACCUGGAUUUCUUUGGUCCUGUGGAGGAUUCAGGCUCCACCAGCUCACCCUCCAUCCCAGGAGUCGACCCGGAGCUGUACGAGCUGACGACCGCCAAGAUGGACCCCGGCAGCUCCGGCAGCCGGGUGGCAGAUGCCUUCGCCCGCCUGAUGUCCACCAUGGAGAAGACCAGCACCUCCACCAGGAAGCCGAGGAAAGAGGAGAAUCUGAGCGACGAGGCGGCCAAAGUGAUCUCGGGCCUGCCCGACCUCUCCUUCAUGCAGGCCAAAGUGCUGAUGUUUCCCGCCACGCUGACGCCACUCGGCUGCCAGGCCACGUCGGACUGAAGCCCCGCCCAUUGCCCUGACAUCAUCCCACUGGCCCCGCCCACUGACUCGGCUCAUUUUUAACGUCUUCUUUUUGUUCUCGCUGCGGCUCAGCUUUCCCUCUUUCAUACUUUUUUUUUUUUUAAUUUUUUUUUUAUUUGCGCUUUUCAACUUUUUAAAGAAAUAAAGUGAAGCAUUUACGACCACAGGAAAUAGGAGAGGCCGACGACCUGCACAUUUAACAGAAUAGGAUAUUAUUAAUUAAUUCAUUAAUUUAUAGACUUGAUAAUUUAUAGAGGAAGGUGUAGAAGUGUGUGCUGUUCAUAUCUAGAAGAAUCAUCAUCGUGUAUAUAAUCAGGGAUUAAAUGUUUAUUUUCCUUUUUGUUUUUUAUUCUGGAUGAUUUCUCUGUGGUGGGAGUGUGUUCGUGUCUGUCUGUGAAGGAAACACUGGCUGAAUCAAACUGAAGUGGAAUACGUGUAAGUUUAAAUUAAUACAUUUAUAUACAUAUAUAAAAUCUAAAUAUAUAUAUAAAUAUAUAUAUAUAUUUAUCGACUUGAAACCACACUGCCUGCAAAAUCCAGCUGAAUGUUACGUACCCUCGUCGUCUUUAAGUUUUUUACCUGCACUAAGUUUAUAUUUUAAGCUUUCUUUAACCCGCACUGUCCUCUCGCUCUCUCUCACUCUCUCGCUCUUGCUCUCGCUGUGUCUCUCUCGGGCUCCCUCUCUUGUCCUCUUUCUCUCGCGCUCUUGCGUUCUCUCUUGCGUUCUCUCUUGCAUUCUCUCUUGUGUUCUCUUCCAUCUUUUUGUAAUUUAAUUCAGCUUUUUUUAGCAUAACUUAUGUCUAUUACUUCCCUUGCUGUGGCUGCAUCCAUCCACAGUCUCCAGGACUGUUUUUAUUUUAUUUGUUCGUUUUGGAAACUUCCAUGAAGAAAUGCUUGUCAAUCUGUCGAUGCAUUUUCUACGGAAGCUCCUGAGAGACGAGUGAGAAAAUGUCCUCUAAGUCAGAAAAAAACAUUUUUCAUCGUAAUCUAUGUGACGUUACAUUUGCCAAUUAAAAAUAAAUUUCUAGCCAAAAUAAAGGAGCACAUUUAUUUUACAUAACCUGUUCAGUAAAAAGCUGCAGCCACAGUGACGCUACAAGCCUCCACAUAAUUACCGUAUAAUUUGGUAGUUAGACACUUUUCUCAUCAAUCUUCAUCAAACUGUCUGGAGCCAUUUUUUUAAAUAAUUGAAUGGAAUCUGAGUUUGGUUGAUUCAAUUUUGGUUAAACUUUCAAAUUUAGAACUAAAAGAACAAAGAUAUUAAAUAAAACUAACAACGAUAAAUUGGGCGACAAGCAGCAGAAGAAAAUCUGCUUUUAGUUUGGAUUGAUUAGUAGAUUUUAUAAUCCUAAUCGUAAAAAACAACCUGAAUAUUGUUUGUUUUAUUCCAGGUAGGUUUCAAUUUCUGCAUUUACUCUAAACUCAGUGUGUUGGCACGUUAUGUAACAUUACUGCACGUCUCCAAAUGUUAAUAUUUUAAUAUAUAUCAGCGCUGCUCUGCAGUUAUUGUUACCUGUUUGAUGUUACGUUAGCUGAUAAAAAUACAUUUCUAGCCACAAGAAAGACGCACUUUAAUUUUCCAUAACUUGAGAACACUCCUUAUGUUUAGAUUGAAAUUAAAACACCUGGAAUAAAACAUUAAGUCCUAUUAAAAACACAGGAGUGCUGCAUUUCAGCCCCUUUGUGGCCAAAAAGAGUAUUACAACAACAAACACAUUAAAAACAGUACAAACUUUUUCCCCCCACCUGUUUAACACUUUUUUUUAAAAUUCUACUCACAUGAUUUCACCAGAUAAUAUCUUAGUAAAACAUUUUUAUCACCUGUUAUGUUGUAAACACAGAGAGGAAAUUAUCUAAUGAUCUCUGCCUCUCAGAGCUUCCGUAGGCUCAGUUUUCUUUGUUGUUUUUAUUUUUAUUCCAUGUUUAUUCCAGCGGCAGUGGCUGGUGUUCGUGUCGCUCUCACUGUUCAUUGUUGUUGUUUUUGCGGGGUGAAAAUGGGACUUUUUUUUGUUCAUUUUUUUGGUUAAAACCACUGAAACUCAAACGUUUCUCGGCAGUGAAGGUCGACUCACAUCAGAAGGGAAUUAAGGGACCAAUUCGUGCUUCAUGUGUCGGGUUUAUGUACACUGUUCCUAAUAUGAAGUGCUUUUUGUUGUUGCGGCUCUUAUUCGCUCAUGUUUUGUUCUUUUUGCUCAUACUACUGUCAGCCCCGUCUCCCAGGAGGAUUUUGCACAUUGUAAAGAUGAAAUGGAUGUAAUCAUAGUUCACUGUGGCUUUAGACUGUGUACAGUUAAACUAUGGACUGUAAAAUGUACGGGAAAAUUCCUAUGGAAAAAAACUGAAUCACUUGAAGAGCCUGUCAAAAGGUUAUCGUGCAUGCCCAGGUUCUUUUGAGACUAUAAGUGUGUAAAUUUUACUUUUAGUGUACACAAGAAAUUAAAAUAGUUAUCUUCUC